AUAGAAAAAAUUGAAGUGAUCCAAGCAUGAAUCGUUUUUGUUGAAGUUACCUCAGGACAAUUAAAUGUUUAAAACAUUAAUUGACAGAAAAAUGGUCUAAAUAAACAUCAAAAUCGAUAUUUGGUCUGAAUUAGCAAUUUCAGAUCACAAAUUAUCUGGUCUGGUCUCAAUUAUUAUACAAAUUACAUCAAAAUGGACUGACUCCGCUUUUAAGAUAAAAACUUAUUUGAUUAGAAGUCAGUACGGUUAUAGUCUUACUCAUUGAUAAGGACCAUGUAAGAUCGUUUGUGAUCUGAAAUAGCUGAUUCAGACCAUUUUAGGCGCACGCUUGGGUGCAGCCAUAGAGCAGAGACCUGCAUUGAUGUUUACAAACGAGAGGUAAUCAUGUAUAUAACGGUUGCUGCAGAGGAAUGAUCCAGAUAACUUCGAAUAGCACGAGACCAGACCAACGCUAUGUUUUUCCAAAGAGUUGCACACUCAAUCGAAAUGGUUUUAAAAUUAAGAGAAAAUCUACAGAAAGAAAUUCAUGCAUAUAAGAUAGAAAAUCAAAAACAAUUUAGUGCGAGACAAUUGCUCUAAUGCAUCGUUAAUCAAAGUUUAUCAUGACUUUCAUCAUACUGGUAAGUUAUUGGCAUGUGGCACGUCAAUGGGUUAAAAUGAGGGUACACUUUCCAGUGGCCGCUCACUCAGCGAGACGGGAGACGGGAGCACAGACCCCACAAUUUUACAAGGAUCAAUUCUCACUGAGACGGUACACCGACAGAUUUCUCCAUCAUGCCAGCUCUACUAGGAUAUUGGAACAUAAGAGGGCUAGCUCAGCCUAUCCGCCUUAUGUUGGCCUAUGCCGGGGAGGAGGUGAAGGAGAAACGCUAUCAGCCCCCGUGUUCAACAAAGAUGAUUGGCUGACAGACAAGGCCAACUUGGGAGUUCCAUUUCCAAAUGCCUCUGGCACAGUCAGCAUAGAUCAACAAGGAGCGAGCUGCCACGCUGAGACGGUUUACCGACAGAUUUUCUUCACCAUGCCAGCUGUACUCGGGUAUUGGAACAUACGAGGGCUAGCUCAGCCCAUCCGCCUUAUGUUGGCCUAUGCCGGGGAAGAGGUGGAGGAGAAACGCUAUCAGAUGGGACCAGCCCCAGAGUUCAACAAAGAUGAAUGGUUGACGGAUAAGGCCAAGCUGGGAGUGCCAUUUCCAAAUAUUCCUUACUACAAAGAUGGCGACACCAUCAUCGUACAAAGUCGUGCUAUUAUGAUGCAUCUGGCCAGGAAACACAACUUAUAUGGUAGCACUGAAUCAGAAAGAAUCCGAGCAGACGUGUUGGCUUCACAGCUCGGAGAUAACUUGAUGGGCUUUGUCCGUGUUUGUCUGUCAACACGCAUGUUUAAAGCUGACUUCAAAGCUAAGAAGGAAGAGUUUUUGAAGGGCCUGCCAGACACGUUGAAGUCUUAUUCAGACUUUUUGGGAGAUAACCCUUGGUGUGCUGGUAAAAGUAUCACAUAUGCAGACUUUGGCUUGUACGAGCUGCUGGAUUGGUUCAGAAGGUUUGAACCCGGAUGUCUGGACAAGCUCCCCAAUCUUGUCGCCUUCUGCAAUAAUUUUGAGGCUUUACCCGCCAUGAAAAAAUACAUGUCGUCUGCACAGUUUUUGAAAGACCCCAUAUUGAACCCAUUUGCUGACUGGGGUGUAUAGAUAUCACGAGUCGUCUGAAAGGGGUUUCAACAUGUACCAUUUGAUUCAGUAUUAGAUUAGUGACAUUGAUUGGACUGAUUCAGUAUAGUGACAUUAAUUGGACUUCUAUAUAUUACAAUACAUUUAGCAUGAAUAAUUCUAAAACUAUGCAUUUUACCAAGGUGUUGGAACUCCUUGGUUUUACACAGGUUAAAAUGCUUACCAGGACAUUACGUACACAAAUUGUGUAGCCUAAAUAAAAUGCUUAUAUAUGAGUGCUACAGUUGAGCAUUUGAACAAAUAACACGGCUUCGUAGAAAAUGUAUUUGAAUGGUGCAUUUUUUUCAUUGACGAGGUAAAGUCUAUUUCUACAAACGUACAUUUCUCUGUUGUAGUUUCCUCGCCAAACUGCUUUCGCUCAUAACUGUGGCACCUGACAUUAGUCUAAAAUAAAGGGUAUAUCAACUUGUA